AAAAAGUACCGCGCAAACAUGGAAGAGAUGAACAGCCAGGCAGGACAGAGACCCAAAGCUGAUCUGGUGAAGCGAAGUCAAACUGCCAUUUAUGAAAACAGAAAGAUCAGAGAGUUGGUAAUAGAAAACAACGAUUUGAAGUGUGCUUUGGCCGAACACCAGGAAGCGUUAGAGUUCAUCAUGGCAAAAUAUCGGAUGCAGAUGACAGCAUUUAUGACGUUAAAAAAGGAGCAAUCUGAGGAAUUACCGAACAACAAUGAAAAGAUUCUACAGCACUAUGUCGAGAAGAUGGGGGACCUGAUAGCAGUAUCUGACGAAGGGAUACGCCGGGACGAGGAUUACGAUUUGCAGAACGAAAGAGAACUUGCUAGACUCCGCUACGAAAAUAAGUACUUGAAAGAGUGCUUGAAAAUUGGGCGGGACUUCGGCAGUAUUGAAUCAGGGGAGAAACAGACUGAAAGUUAGAUAUGAAGUGGAAGUGAAAUUUGAAGAUGUAAACAUAAAAUAAGAAAAGAGUACAUUUGAGGGAGUUAUAGAGGAGAAGAAGAAUGAGUUAAAUGAUCGACGAUAUCAGUAACAUAAUAUUACGGAUUGUAAAUAGAAUAUUUGUAAUUCAGGUUUAUGGAGUUUUGAUCUCCUUAAUGUGAAGAUUGCCAAUGAUUUUCGAUCAGAAAUCAAUUCUGUAGAUUAAUCAUUCAUUUUACAGCCAUUUAAAUUCUUUAGAUUUGACAGUCAAAAACGUUCUGCUGAUAAACUUUGAACUCUCGUCUUGUACGGAACACUAUCUUGUUAGAAGAUUAGUUGAGUUUCAUUGCGCUGAAAUACUAGAGAAAGUAUGACUGUCACCAACGUGUAGUCAAAAUUGGUGUUGGUGACAAUAAAAAUGUCCUACUUGAUCUAGGUAGUAAAUUCGAUGGUGAUUACCAAAAGCCUGCCUACCAAUUUACCCUUCAUAUGCCUUCGAUGAUUUCAGGAGAAUUGUGAUUAAAUCAAUAUUCAUGAACAUGUUUAUACUAUCAGUAUAUUGUAAAACUUCGCUAUUAUAUUUUGUUUUUUGACUUUCCAAUUUGUUAAA